CCCUUGCUUUAUCUAGUAAUAGGUAUACAGCGGUCACCACCAAAAAGUUACAGAUGGAUUCCCUAUGCUUUUAUUUAAUAAAUGCGAGUACACCUCGCACAGAUAAGGCAUUAGUUUGCCUGGAACAGACCAUCAAACAUGUCGAAAACAACAGCAGAUCGAAAGCUGAAGCACCUUUUCGAUGGAAGCGACUGGAAUGUAUACGAACCUAAUAUCCUUAAUCUAGGAGUGGGAGCUCCGGGAACCGAUCUUCUAGAAUCCAACUGUGACAACUUCAAGAAGGCCACAGAUCAUUGUUUGGAACGUGAAAAGCGGGAAAACCAGUCGUUAAUUUUCCAAUAUGGUCCAACAAGUGGGACAUUCGAAGUGCGCCGUGAGAUUUCCACGUACUUCAGCGAUAUGUUUGGAAGCCCCGUUAAAAGUGAGGACUUGAUGAUAACCACAGGAGCUACCCAGGGCUUUCAUGUACUUCUGUCCACGAUGAUAGACUUUCAGGGUUUUGUAUUCGUGGACGAGUAUUCCUACAUGAUUGCUCUGGAUAGUAUAAAGCACUUUACCAGUCUCACCAUAGUUCCUGUAAAGUUAAACGACGAUGGAGUGGACCUUAAGGAUCUCGAGGAACAGGUUUCCAAACGUCGAUUUAAUUCGGAGAAAAAGGAGUUCUGGGGAAUUUACUACACCAUUCCGACCUAUCAUAAUCCCACGGGAGUUUUAUUUUCGCCAGAGGUCUGCCGUGGAAUUGUGCAGCUGGCCCGUAAGUUCGACUUCCUGGUGGUCUGUGAUGAUGUAUAUAACAUUCUUCACUACGGCGAAAAGCCCACCCACUGCCGCCUAAUGUCCUACGAUGAUAGAAAUGACCCAGACUUUGCCGGCCAUGUCAUUUCCAAUUCCAGUUUCUCCAAGAUUCUGGGUCCAGGAGUUCGUGUAGGUUGGUUGGAGGUUCCGCCGCGUCUAAAACCGAUUCUUGAUGGAUGUGGCUUUGCAAACAGCGGUGGAUGCUUUAACAACUACACUUCAGAGAUCGUGGGAAGUCUCUUUGAACUGAAGUUGGCUCAAAAGCAGAUUGCUGUCUUUUAUGAGGCCUACAAGGAACGAAUGUUAGCCACCACGCAAGUUCUCCGAGAUGACUUGCCCAAGGGCUGCAAGUUGGUCAGCCCCACGGGAGGAUACUUUAUCUGGGUGCGAAUCCCUGAUCACCUGGAUUCCCGGGAGUUUCUAAAAUACUGCCUGGAGCAUCAGAAAAUCUUUUUUAUACCGGGAACACGAUUCUCAGCCGACGGCCAAAGUGGUAAGCAGUUCUUCCGGUUGUCCAUCGCCUUCUAUCCCAAGGAAAAGUUGGUGGAAGGAGCCAGAAGACUCUGUCACGCACUCAAGGAAUAUAUAGCCACCCAAGAGAUCCCCAACGAAGUAUCUUAAUAUGGCAAAAUAUUGUAUUGGUCAUAACUGCUAUCGUACUUUAAAUAUGACUUAUCAAGAUGUGACUUGGCACUAAACUACUUAUAAAGAUGUUAUCUACUAUAUAAAGAGAUAUAUGAUAUACACACAA